ACAAAAAUCAAUAAAUGAUAAAUAAAAAUAAAAAACAAAUAAGUAAAGAGCUGAUAAAAUCUCUCGUCUGUACAGUGAGCUGCGUAGGAACCAAGAAAGGGAGGUAGAAGAUAAUGGUGGUACACGGCGGGAAAGUCGUGGGUCAGAUUGUGAAUUUUGGCGGGAAUGGCUUGGGUCAGCUUCUGGCCGCUGUGGCGGCAGCUGUUCUGCUCCGCCUCUUCUCUGGCCCAGGGCCGGCUCUGUUGCCGGACAACGAGGCGGAUGACGAUAAUGACGGCGCAGCCGGAGAUGGCGACGGCAAUGGUACUCAAGCUGCCGGAAAGGUGGCCCCGGUGACUAUCAAGUGGCGCAACAUCAACUGCUCCCUCUCCGAGAGAUCCUCGAAAUCAGUGCGGUUUCUGCUUAAAAAUGUGAGCGGAGAGGCAAAACCCGGAAGAUUGCUAGCAAUUAUGGGGCCAUCUGGAUCAGGAAAAACAACACUGCUUAAUGUUCUGGCGGGUCAGUUAGUGGCAUCGUCCCGAUUGCAUUUAUCGGGCCUUUUGGAGGUCAAUGGACAGCCUGCUUCAAAGCAAGCUUGCAAGUUUGCUUAUGUUAGGCAGGAGGACCUUUUCUUCUCACAGCUAACUGUGAGGGAAACACUGAAUGUUGCUGCUGAACUUCAGCUUCCGGUGAUACUUUCCAUGGAAGAGAGAGACGAAUAUGUGAACAAUCUUUUGUUCAAGUUAGGCUUGGUCAGUUGUGCUGAUUCCAAUGUUGGUGAUGCAAAAGUUCGUGGAAUUAGUGGUGGUGAAAAAAAACGUUUAUCCUUGGCCUGUGAACUAAUUGCAAGUCCAUCUGUUAUAUUCGUUGACGAGCCUACCACAGGACUCGAUGCAUUCCAAGCAGAGAAGGUAAUGGAAACACUUCAACAACUUGCGCAGGAUGGGCAUACUGUAAUUUGCUCCAUACACCAGCCCAGAAGUUCUGUGUAUAGAAGAUUUGAUGAUAUUGUGUUGCUAACAGAAGGUGCACUGAUUUAUGCUGGUUCUGCACGUGAUGAACCACUGGAAUACUUCUCAAAGUUUGGGUACCGUUGUCCACAUCAUGUGAAUCCUGCUGAGUUUUUGGCUGACCUCAUAUCCAUUGAUUAUAGUUCAGCUGAAAGUGUCUAUUCUUCCCAGAAAAGGAUAGAUGGUUUUGUUGACUCAUUCUCGCAACAAGCACCAGCAGUUAUUUAUGCAACUCCACUUAUGGGAAGGGAAAGCUCUAAGAAUGGCAAAAAGUUGGGUAAAAAAUCUAUUAACAAGAUGAAUGGAGGCUGGUGGAGGCAGUUCUGCCUGCUCCUUAAACGUGCAUGGAUGCAGGCUUCUCGCGAUGGACCAACCAACAAAGUUCGGGCAAGGAUGUCAAUUGCAUCAGCAAUGAUAUUUGGGUCAGUUUUCUGGAGAAUGGGAAGAUCUCAGACAUCCAUACAGGACAGAAUGGGAUUGCUUCAGGUUGUUGCAAUAAAUACAGCAAUGGCUGCACUGACAAAAACAGUGGGUGUGUUCCCCAAGGAAUGUGCAAUUGUAGAUAGAGAGCGUGCAAAGUCAUCUUAUGCUUUAGGACCUUAUCUGCUUUCUAAGUUGAUAGCUGAAGUUCCUGUUGGAGUGACAUUUCCCUUGAUUUUUGGCACCAUUUUGUACCCCAUGGCUCGCCUUCACCCUACUUUCUCCAGGUUUGGGAAAUUCUGUGGAAUUGUGACGGCAGAAUCUUUUGCUGCAUCUGCAAUGGGUUUAACUGUGGGAUCGAUGGUUCCAACCACCGAAGCUGCUAUGGCUUUGGGGCCAUCUCUCAUGACAGUUUUUAUUGUUUUUGGAGGCUCUUAUGUCAAUGCAGAUAACACGCCAAUUGUCUUCCGCUGGAUUCCUCGUGUUUCUUUGAUAAAAUGGGCUUUCCAAGGGCUUUGCAUCAAUGAGUUUAGUGGUCUCCACUUUGAUCAUCAGCAUUCAUUUCAUGUACAAACUGGAGAACAGGCACUUGAGCGGCUCUCAUUUGGAGGCAGCCGCAUUAGAGAUACAGUGAUCGCUCAGAGCAGAAUUCUAUUGUUUUGGUAUUGCACCACCUACUUUCUACUUGAGAAAAACAAGCCCAAGUACCAGCAGCUGGAGCAGCCCCGUCUCAAGCAAAAUCAACCGCAAAUACAGCUUGAGAGGCCUGAUGCUGAGCUGGUAGAACCACACCAGCAAGUAUUCGAGGCCCCUCUGGUUGAUCAAGUUGAUUCAAAUCAACAAGUUGAAUCGCUGCCACCUGACGAAAUCAGGCCUCUUAUCCUUGAAGGUGCCAUGUAAAGGAGAUGUCUUUUGCAAUAAAGGAGGGCCUCGUGCCUUUUUCUGAGCUUGCUGAGGUAUUUUAGUUAAAUGUGGGUGCAUUUACAGUGCAAAUUAUAGUGCCUGUAAAAUUUAUUAGCUAAGAAUCCCUUAGCCGGAUUGCCAGUUUAACUGUGUUGUCCAGAAAAGGCUAUCAUAUGCAUAUAUAUUUUGCAUCUGCUCA